UACUUGACCUAGACCUAAAAUGGCGUGCCUCAAUUAUAUUUUUAUUUUCAUUAUUAUUAUUAUAACUCAUAAUUGUAUUUUUAAAAUAAUAUUUGGCAUAUUUUAAUGAACAAAUAAACAUGAAUAAAAAUUCGUUGUUAAAUAGCUUCCGGAAAUUGUCAACAAUUUAAUUGGUUCACAGCCUAAAAAUCCCGCCCACCUGCGUAGAUGGGUCAGUUUAAUAGGUUCAAGUGAGCUGUACCGAGAUCUUUAAAAUACGUUCAAAAUAAAAAUUAAUAAUUAUAAUCACAAAUUUAGUAGUUGGAUUUCGUGUUUAAGUAACACGUUAAACACAAAAACCUAAAACUGCGGAUUGAAACAAACAAAUGAGGCGUGCGAAGACUUCCCAUGUUGCAACGCGGUUGUGGCAACUCGGGGAAAAAAAACAGUUCCUCCGCCAAAACAAACAAGCUGGAUUUUCCGUAUCUUUACACUUAAAUGAUAAACACAUUUUUUUGGUCGCUGUUGAAUUGUAACGUAAUUGAUAAUAUUUUAAGGGUGUCAUAAAGGAGAUGUUCAAGUUUUGCGCAAUUUUUGUCAGUGUUUGAUAGCAUUCCCUGCUAGCAAUAAGCCUCAGUUUUACUUUGAAGAAGAACAAUAGGAACGACAGGUUCCAUUUCGGCGCCGCGGUACCGCUGGCGUCGCUGUCCGGAGCCGUCGCAACGCCACCGAAGAGGGUGUCGUGGAAACCGAGCCUCGGGUGCUAGCUUUCGGUCAGGAGGAUGAGCUCCGAGGAGACCGCAGCCUCCAGCAAAGCGUCCCCGCCGGAGGACGAUGGCAUGACGUGGUGGUACCGGUGGCUUUGCAAAAUUGCUGGUGUGCUGGGAGGAAUAUCAUGUGCCAUUGCGGGAGUGUGGAACUGUGUCACUGUGAACCCUUUAAACAUCGCUGCUGGAGUGUGGAUGGUAUUGAACGCCUUCGUAUUGUUCCUGUGCGAGGUGCCCUUCUGCUGCCAGUUCAUUGAGUUCGCCAACGCUGUGGCGGCCCGCGCCGACCGCUUCCAACCCUGGCAGAAAGCAUUCUUCUACUGCGGAAUGGCACUAUUUCCCAUAUUCCUGAGUUUCACCUUCACCACACUGUUCGGGAACGCCAUCGCCUUCGCCACUGGGGUCCUCUAUGGCCUUGCUUCUUUAGGGAAAAAGGGGGACGCUGUGACGUACGCCCGGCUGCAGCAUCAUAAACAGAGCGACGAGGAGAGAAUGACCGGCACCACCGAGUAAGACCUCGCAUCUCCAACCCUCCUUUAAGGCAAAACUCUCAAGACCUCUUGCUUGUAUUUAUUUAUUUAUUUAAUUCUGGGACUUGGUGUGCGUCUGGUGAACGUGUAUGUAUUCCUUUUAUGGUUUGUAAUUUUUUUUUGCUGUUUGCUUGUCGCGCGUCAAAUAGGGCUGCCACAAACAAUUAUUUUGAUAGUCGACUAAUCAAUGACUUUUUGUGAUAAGUCGACGAAUGCGUACAUGAAUAUAACGUUAUCGUACUCUGGGUGUAACAUUUGAGUUUAAAAAGCGCUUUGGAAAUGGAAAGUUGGACUUUGACUUUGGAAUUAUGUACAGUGGUAUGAAAAAAUACCUGAACCUUUUGGAAUUUGUCACAUUUCUGCAUAAAAUCCCCAUCAAAUGUGAUCUGAUCUUUGUCAAAAUCACACAGAUGAAAAUACAAUGUCUGGUUUUACUAAAACCACCCAAACAAGUACCUGAACCUUUUGGAAUUUGUCACAUUUCUGCAUAAAAUCCCCAUCAAAUGUGAGCUGAUCUUUGUCAAAAUCACACAGAUGAAAAUACAAUGUCUGGUUUUACUAAAACCACCCAAACAAGUACCUGAACCUUUUGGAAUUUGUCACAUUUCUGCAUAAAAUCCCCAUCAAAUGUGAUCUGAUCUUUGUCAAAAUCCCUCAGAUGUAAAUACAAUGUCUGCUUUCACUAAAACCACCCAAACAAGUACCUGAACCUUUUGGAAUUUGUCACAUUUCUGCAUAAAAUCACCAUCAAAUGUGAUCUGAUCUUUGUCAAAAUCACACAGAUGAAAAUACAAUGUCUGGUUUUACUAAAACCACCCAAACAAGUACCUGAACGUUUUGGAAUUUGUCACAUUUCUGCAUAAAAUCCCCAUCAAAUGUGAUCUGAUCUUUGUCAAAAUCCCUCAGAUGUAAAUACAAUGUCUGCUUUCACUAAAACCACCCAAACAAGUACCUGAACCUUUUGGAAUUUGUCACAUUUCUGCAUAAAAUCACCAUCAAAUGUGAUCUGAUCUUUGUCAAAAUCACACAGAUGAAAAAACAGUGUCUGCUUAAGCUAAAACCACCCAAACAAGUACCUGAACCUUUUGGAAUUUGUCACAUUUCUGCAUAAAAUCCCCAUCAAAUGUGAUCUGAUCUUUGUCAAAAUCCCUCAGAUGUAAAUACAAUGUCUGCUUUCACUAAAACCACCCAAACAAGUACCCGAACCUUUUGGAAUUUGUCACGUUUCUGCAUAAAAUCCCCAUCAAAUGUGAUCUGAUCUUUGUCAAAAUCACACAGAUGAAAAUACAAUAUCUGCUUUUACUAAAACCACCCAAACAUUUAUAGGUUUCCAUAUUUUAAUGAAGAUAGCAUGCAAACACUGACAGAAAGGGGAAAAUAAGUGAACCCUCUGCCUAAGGAGACCUAAAGAACAAUUGAAACCAAUUUUUACCAUACAAUUUAAGUCAGGUGUAGGGUUGCAGCUAUCGAAUAUUUUAAUAAUCGAGUAAUCGACUGAAAAUUCUAUCGAUUAAUCGAGUAAUCGGAUAAAACGUUUUUUUUUUGUUUUUUUUAGGUAAAGAGCAAUUAUAAAUAUACAUGAGGGAAAAAAAGACAUUUAAUCCAAUAUUGAACCAUUUUCAGUCAAUCAAUGUCUAUAUUCGAUGUACAUUGUUGAAAACAGCCAACAAUUGCAUCUAAGAUGUGACUAGAAAAAACAUUCACUGCUUUCACUCAAAAAACUUCUAGAUCUUAUUUAAAAAAAACAUAUUUCUUACCUAAAAAUGUUAUUACGCUUAAUAACACACAUCACUUGAAAGUUGCGUGUUUUUCCCACGUGUUUCAAUUUAAUUUCCAUUUGUGUCAAGCUAUUUUUAAGUUCUAGUUAAGUUUUAAGUUAGUCUAAACUGUAAGUACUGAUAGGAUUUUGAUUUUUUUGCAGUGUUCAAAAUAAAUUAAUGAUACCUGCUGUAUUGGAGCACAUUAGGGACCAGUGCUACUUGUUGUUUUAUUCAGCAAUGACUACUGAGCUAAAACUGACAGUUAGCUUUAUUAUGUUUUAAUUUUACACCCUCAUCACUCUACAAUGCUGUGUUUUUAGAGAUUAAAUAAAGCCUGUAUGUAAAACACGUUAGCCACGCAUCGACUAUGGUCAUAAUCAAUAGAAACCUAGCCCUCCGAAGGGCUAAGGUUACGUGAACGAGUGUCAGUAAUGUUACAUUUAUUAGCGAUGAGAAGUGUACUGCUUAAAGAUGGCGGCUGUUUACUAAUGCUGCCCAGACGCGGCCGAGUCUGUCAUUUCGCAUCUAGUCCUAAAUGCAUGCGAUAUCUAUGAGACGCAUCGGACACUACCUGCUGCUAGCAUCAUGCGGGUGUAAUUUUUAGCAAUGUCGGCGUAGUUUGUAGCGGCUGUUGGCUGCGGUAAGUUUUUUGAAUUUUUUUUAUUGCUUCUUCCUCUACGCACGUGACGUCAGCGCGUUGUCCCGCAUUAAAAGUAGUCGGGGCAAAACGUGAUGCUUUGAGCUGGCAAAAUGAAACGAUUCCUCAAGGAGAAUAAAAUUACUCGGAUCAGUUUUUGAACUCGAGUUACUCGAGUUGCUCGAGUAUUCAUUUCAGCUCUAGUCAGGUGUGUGCCCAAUCACUGAUGAGUGGUUUAAAGCUGCCCUGCCCACUAUAAAACACACACCUGGUAAGAAAUGUCUUGAUGAGAAGAACUGUCUGGUGUGACUCAUGGCUUGGUCAAAAGAGCUGUCUGAAGACUGGCGAUUAAGCUGGGAAAUGAUACAAAACCAUCUCUAAAAGUCUGGAUGUUCAUCAAUUGACAGUCAGAGAAGUUGUCUACAAAUAAAAAAGAACCCUAGAGUGUCUGCUGAAGACUUACGGGAAUCACUGGCACAGUCCAAUAUCUCCGUCAAUACAUCAACUACAUGUAAAACUAUGGCCAAGAAUGGUGUUCACGGGAGGACUCCACGGAGGAAGCCACUGCUGUCUACAAAAACAUUGUUGCUCGUUUAAUGUUCGCAAAAAGACACUUGGACACUCCACAGAAGUUUUGACAAAAUGUUUUGUGGACUGAUGAAACCAAAGUUUAAUUGUUGGGAGUAACACAAAAAUGGAACAGCUUACCAACAUCAACACCUCAUCCCCACCGUGAAGCUUGGUGGAGGGAGCAACAUGAUUUGGGGCCGUUUUGCUGCCUCAGGGCUUGGACAACUUGCUAUCAUUAAUGGAAGAAUGAAUUCAAAAGUUUAUCAGGAUGUUUUGCAGGAUAACCUGAGGCCGUCUGCCAGACAGUUGAAGCUAACAAGAGGAUGGGUGCUGCAACAAGACAAUGAUCCAAAACACAGAAGUAAAUCAACUUCAGAAUGGUUUCAGAAGAACAAAAUACACGAUCUGGAGUGGCUAAGUCAAAGUCCAGACUUGAACCCCAUUGAGAUGCUGUGGCAUGACUGAAAGACAGCGAUUCAUGCCAGACAUCCCAGGAAUCUGACUUAACUACAGAUGUUUUCUAGAGAAGAAUGGGCCAAGAUUAGUCCUGAUCGAAGUGCCAGUCUGAUCUGCAGCUACAGGAAGCGUCUGGUUGAAGUUAUUGCUGCCAAACCCCAAAUAUUAAAUGCAAUGGUUCACUUACUUAUUUUCCCCCCUUCUGUCAUUGUUUUCAUACUAUCCUUAUUAAAAUAUGAAAACGUAUAAAUGUUUGGGUGGUUUUAGUUAAAGCAGACACUGUUUUUUCAUCUGUGUGGUUUUGACAAAGAUCUGAUCACAUUUGAUGGUGAUUUUAUGCAGAAAUGUGAGAAAUUCCAAAAGAUUCAGAUACUUUUUCAUACCACUGUAACUGUCUCAUUGUUUUCCAAAGUAAAAAGCAGAUGUUUGCAAAUAUCUCAUUUUAGUCUACUUUGAUCAGAUAUCAAAUUUAUUGCAUUUGCUUUUUCUAAUUCAAACAUUUUAUUGGGGAAAAAAGUCAGUAUUUUCUGCUGGUUUUUGUUGUUGUUGGUGCCUUCUUUCACUUAAAUUAUUUUUCAUACACCUAAAGUAACAAAAAUAUCAUGUCUCCCCCCCCGCCCCCCCUUUUUUUUUUUUUUUUUUUUUUGAUAAAAGGAAAAUGCAAAAGCAUGAAUGAAAAAGGGAAUUUUUACUGUUUGGCUGUUAAACAAGUACUUGGAGUUUUUCUAGGUCAACCUUCUCUCUAAAUGAUUCCACAACGAUUAAAAUCUUCAUUUGCUAAUUGAUUAGCUGUUGAAUAGUGGUGGCAGCCCUAGUUUGAAGCCUCCACAGCAGUUCAAAACUUGGACGUCCAUUUUGUUAUUGCUCCCUUUCAGGACCUUAACCGUCAUACUGAUUGUAUCAUAAUGCUUAUGUGACUUGCUGAUUUAUUCCACCUUAAAAAGUCUGAGCCUUUGCCUUUCCUGAUCCACAACUUGGAAUGUAUUUUUAUUUUUAACUAUGAAAAAUUGAAUUGUUUUGAAAGUUUUAUUGAUGUACUCCAGCACAACUUUUGCUCAUUUGAAGUCUUACCGGGACGAAAAGUUGUAUUUGAGGAAAUACGGCCUUUACCCUUCAUAGAGAUUUAGAGUGUAUUUCUCUUUAAACUCAUUUUAAUAUUUUGUUUGUAAGUGAAAAUCUACAAAGGUAGACAUACGGAUCCCCUAAAGCAGGGGUCUCAAACCGGUCCUCAAAGGGCCGCAGUGGGUACUGGAUUUCAUUCCAACCAAACGAGAACAAUCCCUUUUCACCAAUCUGGUGUCUAACAAGUGUAAUCAGUUAAUUGCAGUCAGGUGCUGCUUACUUUAGCAGAAACCUCAUUGGUUGAACUGUCUGUUUUGGAUCUGUUGGAACAAAGACCAGGACCCACUGCGGCCCUUUGUGGAAUCGGUUUGAGACCCCUGCCCUAAAGGGACAUCGACAGAAAUGAAAUAAAUUUAUCAGUCUGGUGUAACUUGCAUAGCAAAGGUCUGCUAGCAAUGCUAAUAUUUACAACAAAUUGCUAACUUGCAUAGCAAAAAGUUGUAUUUGAGGAAAUACGGUAUUUACCCUUUGUAGACAUUUAGAGUAUUUCUCUUUAAAUUCAUUUUAAUAUUUUGUUUUUAAUUUCAACAAAACACACAUUAAUUUAUAAUUGAAUUUCUUCACGAAAAUUAAGUGAAAAUCUACAAACGUAGACAUAUACAGAGCCCCUAAAGGGACAUCGACAGAAAUAAAAUAAAUUUAUCAGUCUGGUGUAACUUGCAUAGCAAAGGUCUGCUAGCUUAAAUGCUAUAUAAUGCUAAUAUUUACAACAAAUUGCUAACUUGCAUAGCAAAAAGUUGUAUUUGAGGAAAUACGGUAUUUACCUUUCAUAGAGAUUUCGAGUGUAUUUCUCUUUAAACUCAUUUUAAUAUUUUGUUUUUAAUUUCAACAAAACACAAAUUAAUUUAUAAUUGAAUUUCUUCACGAAAAUUAAGUGAAAAUCUACAAACGUAGACAUAUACGGCGCCCCUAAAGGGACAUCGACAGAAAUAAAAUACAUUUAUCAGUCUGGUGUAACUUGCAUAGCAAAGGUCUGCUAGCCUAAAUGCUAUAUAAUGCUAAUAUUUACAACAAAUUGCUAACUUGCGUAGCAAAACUCCGCUAGUUUAAAUUAUAUAAUGCUAAUGUUUACAGAAAUUAGCUAACCUGCAUAGCAAAAGUCCGCUAGUUUAAAUCCUAUAUAAUGCUAAUGUUUACCAGAUAGUUUAGAUCGGGCGUCCCCAAAGUUUUUCCUGUGAGGGCCACAAAACUUUUCCCUUCUCUGAUGAGGGGCCAGUUCAGUUUGUAACAGAAAAAGUGUGAUGAUUGCAGGAGUGCCUAAAUGUAAAAAUUUAUUGUUUUUCAGAAAGCCUCAAUCAAAUAACCCUUUCUGGAUUCUUCACGGAACAAAAGUAAAUAAAAUAAAAAUAAUAAUAUAGUAUAAUAUAAUAUAAUAAUAAAUAAUAUAUCACUAUUAAUUAAAUAGAUAAUAACCAAAUAACCCUCUGUGGGUUCUUCAUAGAAAAAAGCCAGGAAAUAAAAUAACACUAUUGAAGGGGGAAAAAAAAUGUUCAGGGGGCAUCCGGCCCGCGGGCCAUUGUUUGAGGACCCCUGGUUUAGCUGGAUAGCUAAGCUAGUAGACUUUUGGUAUGCAAGUUAGCCAAUUGUUGUAAACAUAAACAUGACAUUUAAGCUAGCGGACUUUUGCUUUGGAAGUUAGCCUAUUGCGACAAUGCAACAAUUGGCUAACUCGGUAACAGAAAAAAGGCACAAUAUCACAAAUUUGAUAGUUACAUUACGUAAUAGGUAUGUACUGCAGUACUGCUAAUGUAGCUUGACUAGCUGUUACGUACUUUACGUAGCUGUGAACCGCCUUUGUUAAAAUGAACACACAAAUUGGUAGUUACGACAAAGUAUUAGUAUAAAUCCUUAUAUUGAUAAUAAUUUGAUGAAAUAUGUCCUUAUUGGUGAAACUGAUUCUAAAACACAAUACUGUUGAUUUUAAUCGAGGCUGUUUUAGAGUCCAUUUAGCUACAUUAGCCAUACAGCAUCCAUACCAAUUAUGUAUAGUAGUAUAACGACUUUGGUCUUGCAAUGUUACUUUUUUCUCUUACUAAUACUACAACCUAAUCUCGUAAUGUUAAGACUUAAAUCUCGUAACAUUACAAGGCAUGAAUUUAUUCUUGUAAUACUAUGACCUUUUUCUCCUAGUCCAAUUUUUUCCCCCCAUUUUUUUAUUUGGCCCUAAAACUCCGUCAUAAAAAUGGGACUAAUGUUAAUGUACGUGUGUGUUUUCAAUGUACUAUUUGCAUUGUUGUUUUCUUUGUUUCAUCUCUAAUGAUGAAAGUUUUGGAGCAAAUGUUUACAUCCGAACCCAAGUUUUCUCAGCUGAACGUCUCAGGUACGCGCUCACGUACACACCCCCUUGCUGCUAAGCCAUGCUAACUACAGUUGUAAUAAAGGUUUGAAUUCUUGUGUGCUGUGACAUGACUCGUCUUGAUGGGAAAAUAAACAAACCUGCGAUUGCAGUGCAACUUUAUGAUGCUGUGGAUGUUUAUUUCGCUAGAGUUCCCUUCCGUACAAAAAAAAAA